AUGUCUAUAUUAUAUAUGCCAAAUUCAAUGCCCUCAUAUAAGACAGGUGUAUCAAUAUAUGUGUCUCCUCCACAAUAUGUAUUUGUGGUUCCCAUCGUAGCAACAAGAACAGUUUUUAGUUCACCAUCACAAAUGAAUCUUUCAACUGUUGUUUUUUCUAGUCCAAAUCAAAGAACAACUAUUAUUGUAUGA